GCCAUCUCCCGAAUGAGAAGAGCGCGCCUUGAGAUUCGAAGAAAAAGAAAAAGGAGGCUUGAAACAUGGCGGAAGCAAGUAACGCAAGAGGCGCAAAUUCAGGAAACGGGACAAGCGGUAACAGUGCUAGUAAGAGCUCAAAGGGUCAUUGCGGGAGAUUUUGGUGGCUUUAUGUGCUGGUAAUACUCAUCAUCGCAGUGGUUGUCGUUGUGCCUUGCGUGAUACUCGUAGCCGUCCCUAGGAUGGCUCAAAAGAAGCUUGACGACGCCACGUUGACUAUCGAUGGCAUCAGUGUCACUAACGUCCAGACCAAUUCUCUAAACAUGGCCAUCAACUCGACAAUCACUACGGACGGAUCGACCCACGCCACCAUAGAUGGAUUUGAGGGCACGAUGUAUUUAGCAGACGUCAACCCUCCCCUAGCGUUCGCCAAGAUCAAUUUUCCAGAGACGACGUCGGACGCCCAUCAGACCGUUAAUGUCAGUCAAGAAAUCCAGAUCUCAGACCAGAAUGCGUUUACGACGUUCAAUGAGCACCUAAUCCAGCGCGAGUCCGUCUAUGUGUUGGUAAAAGGGGACACAAAUAUCCAUGUCCGUGGGAUAUCUCGCGCCUAUAGUGCGACAUUCAGCAAGACCGUUCCGCUUAAGGGACUUAACGGCUUCAAGGGCCUCACCGUCACGAAUCCGCAUGUGAGCCUUGCGCAAUCCGACAAUUUCAACGCUACCGCCCAUAUCCCCAACCCGUCGUCAUUAACACUGGAUGUCGGCAAUACUACUUUCCAAACAUACUUGAACGGCAGCGACAUCGGCACGUCGUACAUUUUAAACCUAGUCCUACAUCCAGGGGCGAAUGAAUUUUUCAUUUGGGCCGACAUUAACAACACGGCUGUCCUCAGUGCACUAACAAAACGACCAACGUGCGAGCGCAAUGGCACCCUUACGUUCGAACUGUCCGGAAAGAAUGUGACGAGCCUUGGUCAGCCCAUACCGUACUUCGCCAAUGCAUUAGCUGCUAGCAAUGUUAGCGUUGAUAUUCCGAUCGGUCAGGCGAUCAAGAGCGAUAUUGGUAUUUCGGUCGGAUGUAUGGAUUAGUGUGGAUUUAAUGUACUGUCUCUUGGUGUUUAUAUGUUUAAAACCAAGUAAUAUAAGCCGAGAAGUGGAAUGGCAAUGAUAGCUCGCUGGCAAUUGUGCUGCUGCUGAAAAGUUGUCUUUUCGAUGCUGAUGGAGUGAAGAGAGGCCGUUCACUUGUUACACCUUUCCCUAGGUAGAG